AAAAAAUUAUGUGCAUUCAAAUCAAGUACCAAAGGCGUAUAUAAAUACAUGUAAAAUCCAUGUUAGAGUUAAAAUAACCAAAAGCAAAUCAGAAAAAUGAAAUUUUGGUAUUAUUGUUUAACUGCUGCGGUAUUCCUGAUAUCUGCAUCAUUCAGUCUUCCACAUCAUCACCCACUCUUUAGCGUACCAGACGUAUCUGGUCCCGUCGGCUACAACGAAAACACUUCCUCAACUUUUCAUAAGCCAGACUACGUCUUUCGUGAACCGAAAGAACCUUACUUUGAGAAGAUUUUUGCUUGUCAAACAAAUUGCUUGAGAGCUGACAACCUUGGUGGCUUUGUUUUUGAUGAUGAGAAUAGGUCCGGAGUGGAGAGACUGAGGCACGCUGCGAGAGACGUAGCUGCUGCUCUGAGGAAUAGCCUUCAAGUAGUCAGAAAUCUAGUUCAUUGUAUUCGAGCGAAUAUUAGAGGGCCAGUCUGUUCUAUCAAGCAGAAUUUGCAUGGCGAUGAACCUGGCAAGGAUGAACUGGUGCUAAGUAAAAAUGUAACCGAAGCAUUGGGAGAACCUUAUAGAAUGACGUAUAGUAAACUAGGGCAUGUACCGUCAAGCAAUAUUGCGAAGGAAGUACCGCAAAAAUGGACUUCACGUUAGGUUCAGGUUGAAUUCAGUUUGACCGAGGGCCAACCUUCUCUAAAGAUGAUGGGGAGAAUAGGCCACAAAAUCUGACACACAAACUGUAUUUUUGAAAUAAAGUAUUUGAGUGUUUAACCUAGUGUUCAUUACAGAGCUUACAUUGUUCUACCUACAGAGAGGUCCAGAUUAUUAUUAUAGCUACUAUCCGCUAACUAGCUAUUAACC